CUAGCCCGCGGAAAUUAAUGCUGUUUUUGCAGUCGCUCCCGCCCACUGUGGUUUCGUUCACUUCCUUCCUCUCCUGGUGGAAAACAGCCAAUCAGAACCAGUGUGAUAUCUUUACUCGGACAGUUUAAGCACGGCGAGCCAAUCCGAAAGCGCAAAAGGAAGACUAAGCGGGUUUGUCGUUGAAGGGUAGUGUCUUUCAGGGUUCAACAACAGGCGUCUCGCGGGCUUACAGGAUAAAUACAAAUAUGGGACUUGUACAACUUUGUAGAUAUCAAAUGCAUUUAUUCAACGAGGCCACAUAAGGAUGGCCACAGAUGACAGUAUCUCUGAGGAUGUGUCCGGCUCCGUGGCCCUAAGCCAGGAUCAUGCGGAAAACAGCGUCGGGAAGGACAGCGAGGGCUCCGUCGACUCCGAGGACGCGCUGUCGGGGCCGACCGCCUCCGAGGAGGGGCGUAUCUCUGCGCAGUCGGCGCAGACCCUGGAGGGAAUCCUCACCGCCGCCGCCGGGACGGUGACAAACAAAGGCCCAAUCACACCCGCGUCUAACAGUGCCCAGAAGAACAGGAAUCUCCAUCUGGAUGUGAAGGGGUCAGGGAGAAGUCUGACCACCAUCAUCCCCAGUCCACUGGAGACCCUUACAGCCCUGGUGCAAGAGAUCCAGAACAGUGGGGGCACUGACCCUGAGAUCUGGAGAGAUUGCGAGGGCCGAUGGCUGCAGCUGUUUGAGCUGGUGGAGAAGCAGUACCGGGACCAGAUCCUGGCCCAGCACGAGCAGUACCAGCGCCAGGUCCAGCUCAUUCAGGAUGAGAUCAAGGCCCUGGUGCGGCUGCAGAACCGGUCCCGCGCCACGCAGAACCCGGACGGCCCACUGGGCCGCGGCGCCGGGGACUCCCCGCUCGUUCGGCUCCUCGGCGGCGGCCUCGCGGGGCCCCCCCUGGUGCCCCGCCCUCCGAGCGCCACGUCCCCCGUCCGCCCCGUGGCAGGCCAGCCGCGCCCCAAGGCCCGGGACAGCCGGGAGGAAGGCGCCAUGACGGUGAACAGCAGCGGCUACGGGACGCUGUCCACCUGGGGGGGGCCCAGCCCGCACUGGGGGGGCGAGGGAGGGGGGCAGAGUUCGGUGCUCGGCCUGCGGCCUGCGGCCACGCCAGACUCUGACCUGAUGAGUCGGGAAUCUCAGAGAAAGCUGCCCAAUCACACGUCUCUGUCUGCUUCGCCGGCCAAUCACAGCCCCUCUGCUGCUCAGCACAAAGCCACCAGUCAGCUGACCUCCUGGGCGCAGAAACGCAGGGUACCCAGGAGCAGGUCGGCACAGUCCCAGCGCCCACGGGCGGAGGAGGAGGAGGGGGAAGAGGAAGAGGAGGAGAGCCGUGGGGGGUCCCUGAGCGCUGAUGGUGACCGCCCAGAUGAAUAUCGAACAACUUGCUUGAAGCGAACUGACAGCUUGAUGUCUGAAGCCUCAGGUCUGACGUACUGGAGGCUGGACGAGGGCGAGCUCUAUCGCCCCCUACCGGACAGCUUCGACAGCGGGGCCUACCUCCUCCUGCAGGACAUGUCCCUGAACCAGGAUGAUCCCAAACUGCCGGGGUCCCUCAGGGAGAUCUACCAGCGCAGGCAGGGGGGGCGAGCCAAGCAGCAGGAAUGGGACUCCUCCCUCACCUCCAACGCCUCUACUCCUCAGGUGUUGACCCUUGACCCCACGCUGCACAUGAAGCAGUCCGACCGGACGUCCGGGUUUACCUCCCCCUCCCACUUCAGCAGCCCGUCCUCCCCCCAGCAGCCCCCGCCCGGCCACGCCCCGGGGGCCCCCGCCCUCAGCCCGGACUCCAUGAGCGAGGGGCCCCCAGCCCGGGGCUCCCCCAGACUGUCCCCGGCUGGCACGCCCACAGAGGGGGGGCCCAACGGGACGGCCGCUGCGCCCGCACCCCCCCACGCCCUUUACAACCGCGUCCCCUACGGCGACGACGAGAGCAGCCGCCGAACCGUGCUCACGCCCCACGCCCACACCCGUCCCGACCAAUCAGGAGGCAGCCUGGAGAGGACCGCCUCCUCCUCCUCCCUGGAAGACCCGGUGGUCAUGUCUCUGGUGAGGCAGAGCCUGAAGGAGAAGCACUCUCGGCACGUAGCGGAUCUCCGAGCGUACUACGAGUCGGAGAUCUCCUCCCUGAAGGAGCAGCUCUCCGCGGAGCUGCGGCGCUCUGACGCUGACCUGCAGACGAGCAACCGGGCCCUCCUCGAGAGGUGUGAACAUCUGGACAGAGCGCUAACCGAAGCCAGCGCCUGCAUCCGAGACCUGGAGAACAAGAACCGCCGACUGGAGAGCCAGCUGGCUGAGUGGCCGGGGCGGUACGCGGCGGCUGACGCGGCGGUGCAGGCCCUGCGGGCGCGGCUGGAGGACAGCGACCGCGGCGGGCGGGAGAAGGACGGCGCUCUGGCCCGGCUGCGGUCCCGGCUGCAGGAGCUGCAGAGGGAGCUGGACGGGGCCUCCCGGCUCUCCCACGACCAGGGCGCCCAGAUGAGGCAGGAGCACCGCGCGCUACAGGAACUCCUAGUGGAGUAUGAUUCCCUGAGAAAAGACCAUGACAGAGUGAAGGAUGAUCUGGCUUCGGCUGAGAACAAGCUCUUUGAUGCCAAUUCACAGAUAUCUGAACUGAAGAGGUUCGUAUCCAAACUGGAGUCUCAGGUCAAACAGCUGGAGCACGAGAACCUGGCGAAGACGCGUCACAUGAUCCAGGCCCGGUCACAGGCUGGACUCUCCCAGCAGCCAGACCUGCUCCUCUCUCCUUGUAAGAGCCGGGCUCUCCUGAACAGUGACAGGAAGUGGCCGAGCCCUGAACCCGACCCCUCUGCCCACUCAGGGCCGGCCUCUGAUAGAACAGCCACGCACACCAGCAGGUGCUACUCCCCCCCUCCGGAGACCCCCACCCCGCUGAUGAAGGCGCUGCUCCGCAUGGAGGAGGCCCGAGGCAGCCGUGGCCACGCCCCCCCCGGGGCCGGUUCGGGAAGCCCCAGGCCCACAGUGAGUUUUGUGGAGGGCAGCAGGGGGGCCUCUCUCCAGAGGAGCCUCUCUCCAGAGGGGCCCAGAUCCUCCUCCCUCCCCCCCGGCACCCGGAGGAGCGCCCCGACCUCCACGCCCACGAAGAGGGAGACGCUCAUCACCCCGCUGCCAGCCAAGUCCAGCCCCAAACGCUGUCCCACGGAGAACUACUCCACCGCGUUCGGACGCUCGCCCGUCCAGCAGCUGUACAGCAACGGCCGGCUUCAUGUGAACUCUGAUCAAACGGACCCGUCCUCAACCUCGCUGUCUCGCACCUCCAGUCUCAGAAAGAGGCUCCAGUUCUCGUCAGAAGGACCGGAAGGUUCUUCAGUCGUCCCCUGCCAGCCCAGCAGCGGGGGGCCUGUGCUCUCAAACGGGGCGGGGCCAGGGGAACAGACCGCGGGGUUGGGCCGGGAGGAGCAGGGGGCGGAGCUGCCUGACGCCUCCGACAGCGACGUGCCCUCGUCCUACCAGCCCCAGGUGCAGUCACUGGCCGACACGGAGCGGCUGUUCGACGAGCUCACGCAGGAGAAGCAGCAGAUCGAGGCGGAGCUCAGCCGGAUCCCUGGGGGUGGAGCCAGAGUCACCAUGCAGAGCAGACUGGACGAGGUGGCCCUUGAAAGGCGACUAGAAAAGGUCAACCGUGACUUGGGGUCCAUCCGUAUGACGCUGAAGAGAUUUCAUGUACUAAGGUCUUCUGCCAAUAUAUAA